AUGGGAGAGGAUUGGGGGAUAAAGCGGAGGGAGCACCAAUCUGGUGUUGACAGCUUUGUUGCUAUGUUGUGUGUGUUCUUUGCACCAACUGCAGCAGGACCUGGGAUCCCUGAGAUCAAAGCUUAUCUUAAUGGGAUUGAUACACCAAACAUGUUUGAUGCCACUACUUUGCUUGUUAAGGUAGGAUUCUUCAUUAAUCUGGCACUUAAGAACAUUUGGUUGUUGGAUUGA